AUGGCGGCGGCAGCGGAGGUGAGCAAUAGGAGCGUCAUCCUGAAGCGGCACGUGACGGGGUUCCCCACCGAGGACGACAUGGAGGUCGUCACGGCGGCGGCGCGCGUGGCCGUUCCGCCCGGGUCGGCGGCGGUGAUGGUGAAGAACCUCUACCUCUCCUGCGAUCCCUACAUGCGCAGCCGGAUGACCAGGCACCUGGAGCCCAGCUACGUCCCGGACUACGUCCCAGGGGAGGUUAUACCUACUUUCGGUGUGUGCAAGGUGGUAGAAUCCGGGCACCCGGAUUACAAGGCCGGUGAUAUGGUGUGGGGAAUGACGGCAUGUGAAGAGUACACCUUGAUCACUAAUCCGGAGUCGCUUUUCAAGAUCAAUCACCCAGAAUUACCGCUAUCGUACUACGCCGGUGUUCUCGGCAUGCCAGGCCUUACUGCAUAUGCUGGAUUUUUCGACGUGGCCAAGCCAAAUAAAGGCGACUAUGUAUUUGUCUCGGCAGCAUCAGGCGCAGUCGGGCAACUUGUGGGGCAGCUUGCCAAGAUAACGGGCUGCUAUGUCGUUGGCAGUGCCGGUUCUGAUGAGAAGGUCAACCUCCUGAAAACAAAGUUUGGAUUCGAUGAUGCCUUCAACUACAAGAAGGAGCAUGACCUCAACGCCACACUAAAGAGGUGCUUCCCGGAGGGCAUCGACAUAUAUUUCGACAACGUGGGUGGUGCGAUGUUGGAUGCGGCGCUACUCAACAUGAGGCUGCACGGGCGGGUGGCCAUGUGCGGGCUGAUCUCGCAGUACAACCUGGAGCAGCCCGAGGGCGUUCGCAACCUUGCCUGUGUUGUUACCAAGCGCGUACGCAUGGAAGGGUUCCUUGUGACGGACUACUUCGGCACCUACCGCAAGUUCGAAGAGGAGACGGGGGGUCACCUCAAGGAAGGGAACAUUACCUACGUGGAGGACGUCGCCGAGGGGAUCGAGAAGGUGGCGACAGCCCUUGUCGGGCUCUUCCACGGGCAUAACAUCGGAAAGCAGCUUGUGGCUGUUGCACAGGAUUGACAUGACAUGCCAGAGGCCUAGCAAGCAUCAAUACGUGCCGAUCUACGUUCCAAGAUGAGAAUUCAGGUAGGUUUGUAGUUCGGUUUGCUGGAUUUGAGAACACCUUGCGCCAGUGUUUGGUGGAAGUUGGA